AUGUGCUCAAGACACAAACCUCCUGAAGAGUCCUGCACAGAUAUUAGAGAUUGCGUGAUCAAGUUAGUGGAAUACUUGAACUACAAAACAGAUAAUUGUCCUAAACCUCGUCAAGAAGAGACUACAUGCUGCAAAAAUCAAUGUGCACAGUAUAAACCAACAUAUACACAAGACACCUCCAACUGUAAUAUAACGCAGAGCAUAAUCAAGUUGGUGGAAAGCUUAAACUGCAAUGAGGACACCUACUCUAAACCAUGUGAAAAAGAGCCUCCCCGCUGCAAUAAUCAAUGUGCACACUGUAAACCAACAUAUUCAGAAGAAAACACCUGCAGUGAUAUUAGAGACUGCGUACUCAAGUUAGUGGAGCAUUUAAGCUGCAAUGAAGACACCUACUCUAAACCAUGUGAAAAAGAGACUCCCCGCUGCUAUAGUCAAAGCGCACAAUGCAAACCAACAUAUUCAGAAGAAAACUCCUGCAGUGAUAUUAGAGACUGCAUACUCAAAUUAGUGGAGCAUUUAAGCUGCAAUGAAGGCACCUACUCUAAACCAAGUGAACAAGAGACUCCAUGUUGCCAUAGUCAAAGUGCACAAUGCAAACCAACAGGCUCACAAGACACCUCAGAUUUUGAUGUUAUGGAGUGCGUUCUCAAGAUGAUAGAAUGCUUAAACCGCAUUGAAGAAGCUUAUCCUCAAUCUUGUGAAGACCACACUUCAUGGGGAAAUAAUAAGAGUGAACCAUGUAAGCCAACAUGUCCACAAGAUAACUCCUGUACUGAUAUUGAAGAGUGCUUACUCAAGUUGGUGGAAUACUUAAACUGCAAUGAAGAAACCUACUCUAAACCGUGUGAAGAAGCAACUCCAUGUGGUUAUAAUCAAAGUGCACAAUGCAAAACAACAUGUUCAGAAGAAAACUCCUACAGUGAUAUUAGAGACUGCGUACUCAAGUUGGUGGAAUACUUAAGCUGCAAUGAAGAAACCCAAUCUAAGCCAUGUGAACAAGAGACUUCAUACUGCACUAAUCAUAGUGCACAAUGUAAACCAACAUACCCAGAAAACUCUUGCGUUGAUAUUAAAGAAUGCGUGCUCAAAUUCGUGGAAUACUUAAACAGCAAACUCGGCACAUAUACUAAAAAGUGUGAAGAAGAGACUCCAACAUGCCAACAAGACACAUCCACCUCUGACCUUAAAGAGUGUGUGCUCAUGUUGGUGGAAUACAUAAAAGGCAAAAUCAACACAUGUUCUAAACCGUGCGAAGAAGAGACUUCAUGUGACAAUAAGUGCGAACCCUGUAAACCGACAUGUCAACAAGGCCCAUCCAUCUCUGAUAUUAAAGAAUGCGGGCGCAAAUUCAUCGAAUACUUAAACAACAAAAACAACGCAAGUUCUAAAUCGCAUGAAGAAGAGACUCCAACAGACCAACAAGACACAUCCAUAUCUGACCUUAAAGAGUGUGUGCUCAUGUUGGUGGAAUACAUAAAAGGCAAAAUCAACACAUGUCCUAAACCGUGCGAAGAAGAGACUUCAUGUGACAAUAAUAAGUGCGAACCCUGUAAACCAACAUGUCAACAAGGCCCAUCCAUCUCUGAUAUUAAAGAGUGUGUGCUCAUGUUGGUAGAAUACAUAAAAGGCAAAAUCAACACAUGUCCUAAACCGUGCGAAGAAGAGACUUCAUGUGACCAUAAUAAGUGCGAACCCUGUAAACCAACAUGUCAACAAGACUCAUCCAGCUCUGAUAUUAAAGAAUGCGUGCUCAAAUUCGUGGAAUACUUAAACAGCAAACUCGGCACAUAUACUAAAAAGUGUGAAGAAGAGACACCACGUGGCCAAAAUAAGUGUGAACCAAAUAAACCAACCUCCCCACAAGACACCGCUUGCACUGAUAUUAAAGAAAGCGUACUCAAGUUGGCGGAAUACAUAAACGGAAAAAUAGCUAGCCGUCCCAAAAAGUGUGCAGAGAAGAGCCCAUGCUGUUCUUCGCAAAAAGAUUCCAACGUUGCAAAAUGUCCCACUGCCGAAAAACCGCCUGGAAGCACUGAUGUGAGACAGUGUUUGUCGUUAUUGACUGAGAAACUAAGUCCUGAAACGCUAAGGGCAUUAAAAUCUUGCUAUGAGCAAUAUACUUGUCCCAAGUCAAAGCCUGAUACAGGUUGCAAGACAUGCCCACAGCCGUGUGUCAAAUCUCCUGUCAAUCCUAGUGAUGACUUCAAUCAGUGCCUCGACAAAAUUAUCAACGUUCUUCGACCCAUGAUUGACGAUCUGUUGGAUCAAUGUAGAGAAAAAAAGUCACAGUCCAAUCAGUGCGAAUCGGCAGUGAGUGACAAAUGCGGGGCAACAAAGUCUGCAAGGCAUGCGAAGUCAACCAAAUCAACGGUUGCGCCCAAACAGGCGGUUCAUAAGCUUCCAGCUUGCAAGAAAAUUGCAACAACUCCAGAGAAGUGUAAAGUACCUUCAACGAAGAAGUCUGCCAAACAGAUAAACACGCCAACUGAAUCAGCUGUAUGUAACAACAGCUGCAAGCCAAUCAAGAGGCGAAAGUCCAUCAGAAAGACAUCAAAAUCUUCCAUGAAGUCUUCAGCUACUAAACAAGUGGUUUCGACAAAAGGAAAUGAAUCCCGACCUGGACCUAAGCGCCUCAUUUAG